AUAUUUAGAGACAGAUGAAUAAUGCUGCAGAUUGGGUUGUUUCUCAUAUUAGGAAACGCAUUGGCUUAGUGAUCUGCAUGGUCCCCUUGGUGGUGCGCGCUCUCCUAGUUGCGUAACUUGGUGUGCUAUAUCUUUACUAGGGCUGUGUAAUUAUACCUUCGAACCGGAAAAAAGAAAAAGCUGGUGUAAUUUGGAUGGAGGACAAGGACAAAACUCUGAAAAGUUCGGGUCUAUAUAAUAUUCCCGAGCCUCCACAUCCCAAAGGCCAACUGAGGGAGGACAUACCGGCAGCUCCACCACCCCUACUGCAACCAUGGCUAUGGCUUUCAAGAUGGCGACGGAGGGGAUGAGCGUAAAGGAGGAGUGCCGGCGGUCGUUCAUGGAAAUGAAGUGGAAAAAGGUGCACCGAUACAUCGUGUACAAGAUCGACGAGGGGUCCAGAGCUGUGAUGGUGGACAAGGUGGGUGGUCCUGGCGAGGGAUAUGAAGACCUGGCCGCUUCCCUCCCCACCGACGACUGCCGCUAUGCCGUCUUCGACUUCGACUUCGUCACCGUCGACAAAUGCCAGAAGAGCAAGAUCUUCUUCAUUACAUGGUCUCCAGCUGCAUCAAGGAUAAGAGCAAAGAUGCUAUACGCCACCUCUAAACAAGGGUUGAGAAGGGUGCUUGAGGGGGUCCACUAUGAGGUGCAGGCCACCGAUCCUACUGAGAUGGGGUUUGAUGUUAUCAGAGAAAGGGCCAAAUGAGCAGCUAAAACUGCUCUAGACUGCUGCUGCUGUUUGCUGACUGUGCUUCUCUGGUUGCUUAUUUAUCUACAUUUAGAUGUGUCUAUUUAUAUGUCAAAAACUUUAUGAUACCACUGCUUAGAUGCUUACCAAGGAGUGGGGGCUGGCAAGCUUAGCCACCCAUUUGCUCUUUUAAAAAGUUUGUAUCAUUGCACUUAAUUUAGUGGCUAGUGGUGUUGUGAGGUGAGAAUGAAGACAAGUGUGUUGUUCUCCAUUU